GCAAUCGUUAAUAGUUUCCCCUUGGGUGAAACGAAACUUUAGGGUAUUUUGUAAAACUUUCCAAGAAGACUGUUUUGGACACAUUUAUAACGCGGCAGUUGCAAAAUAUUCUCUGAAUUUGUGCGAGAUAUAGAGAAAAGCAUGGACUUUGAUGUUAUGAAUGCCUGCUGCCUGCUAUUGCUUUUUUCAGAAUUAAUAUAAAUGUUAAGUAUCCUAAUAAAAAAUUCACUAAGAUAUUCAAGGAAGUCCAUAAUGAACUUUUGUGAUGCACCAAUCGUGGUGGUCCUUGGAGCCACCGGAGCAGGGAAGUCCAAACUAGCUAUUGAAAUCGCUGAAGAAUUUGAUGGUGAAAUUAUCAGUGCUGAUUCCAUGCAGGUGUAUAAGGGUUUAGACAUUAUUUCCAACAAGGUUACACCAGAAGAACAAGAGCAAGUUCCUCACCAUAUGAUUUAUAUUGUUGAGCCAACAACAAACUACUCUGUUGUCAAGUUCAGGGAUACAGCUUUGUCAAUUAUCGAGGACCUUCGCGGCCGUCAAAAGCUGCCUGUCAUCGUCGGCGGUACCAACUACUACAUCGAGGCGGUGCUGUGGAAGAUACUGGUGGCCGACCGCGCCUCCGAGGGCUCCAACAGGGACGAGGAUGGCGGCACGGCUGAUCAGGAUCGGUCGGAGGGUAGUGAAAACGGCCUGGGGCGCACGGUGGAUGGAACAAAGAGCACAGCUGACCGCUCGGAAAACACGGCUGGCCGACCGGAGCGCACGGCUGACGCCUGCUUUACGACUACCUGUAUUUCUUGGCUCACAAUACGUGGUCUUUUGAGAUAGACGAGUCUGUGUAAAGCUUGCAAUCUGUCUCACAUAUCAGCUAACUUUCUGAAAGCUGAGGUAUCCACUCCUGGAAUACUCUCAGGAUAGUCAGAAGAACGAAAGCGUCCAUCGAGUUUUCUUCUCUCCGCCUCCAGCCACCGCCCUCAGGAUGCCGCUUCAGAAGGGCGAGGCGGUGGAGCCGGGCCGCGUCGAGCCGCCGUUCCAAUGGGAGACGCACAUCCCGCACACGGUGGCGCUGAUGCUGAACGCCACGGAGGAGGACCUUGUGCUCAAAUCCUGUCAGUCGCUCUACAAGUUCGCGCACGAGGCCGAGGUGAACCAGCAGCUGCUGCUGCAGUACGAUAUCCUGCGCCUCCUUCUCGACCACCUGGGUCACUCCAACCGCAGCGUGCGUCGCAUGGCCGCGAUGACGCUCUGCCAGCUGGCCGGGAACGCCACCGUACAGACGUCCUUCCUCGCCGACGGCGGCGCCGGGGGACUGACGCGCCUCAUCGAGAGGCUGGUCGCCGACGACGACCCUGUGGUUGACGAGUUCGUCAGCGGAGCGCUCUUCAGGGUGGCGUCGCAGCCGGUCGGUCAGGCGGCGCUGCUCGUCGGGGAAGCUGUACCCGCGCUCACCCACCGGCUGACUUCAUCAGAUCCGGACGUGCUGAAGAACUGUCUGGACACCCUGCUGGCUGUGCUCCAGGACUUUCAGGCGGUACCUGUGUUCGUGGACAGCUCUGGGAUAGAGCGCGCGCUGGCGCUGGUGCGAGUUGAACCCCCGGUGCUUGUGGACCUUGCCCUGGAGGCACUGCGGAAGGCUAUGUACACCGAGCAGGGGCGUAGACGGCUGAGGGAGAUUGGAGGACUUGAGGACCUGCUGACUCUGCUUGAAGAAGACACACAAGAAGCGCACGCGGCGAGGAUUGUGGCGGUCCUCGAGCACGCCACACUCGAUCCAAAGAGCGUCCGCUCUAUGCACCGGAACGGAGGUCUCCUACUGAUGGUGCAGACUGCCAGAAACAGCAGCGACCCUCAGGUUCUGGCACAAUGCGGGGAAGUUCUCGGUCACCUCGGCAGUGAUCGGCCGUGUGCACUGUCCAUGCGCGAGCUCGGCGCAGAGGCGGUAAUCGUCGGCUCUCUGCUCAGCUCCACGCAGCCGGCGGCGCAGCGCGGCGGUGCGCGAGCGCUGGCAGCGUUCGCCCUGCUGCCGGAGGCGCAGGAGGAGAUGGUGAACCGCGGCGCCGUGCCGAUCCUGCUCAACAUGAUCGGCGUGCAGGAGACAAUCGGUCCGGCGGCUGCUGCACUCGCCGCCAUCACCAGAGGACAUGAGAACGCGUGUCGCCAGGCCGCCGAAGGCCUGGCGAAGAUCGUGGACCGCCUGAGUGGUGAUUGUGACGAGACGGCGGCGCACGCUGCGACCGCACUGGCCAAUAUGGCCGGCCAGGAGUCGGUGCGGCCAAUGGUGGCCACCAGUCGCGCGUGUGACCGCCUACUGGCCUGUCUGGGCUCCGGCAGCGCACCUCUGCUCGUCGCCGUCUGCGAGGCCCUCGGAGUGAUCAGCAUGAGCCUGCGCGCGCGCCACGCGCUGGUCGAACACCACAGCGUCAACCUGAUCCUGAACCUGCUGAAGAGCGACUACCCCGCCGUGCGCAGCGCCGCUGUCGAGGCCCUGCAGAUGCAGUCAGCCGACCCGGCGGCAGCAGAGCAGCUCUGUGCCGACCCGGACGCGAUCGCAGCGCUCCGCCGACUGCGUGCCACCUCAGCUCUGAAGGUGAUCCUGCAGGUGAACAUAUCAGCGCUCUACAGCCAGUUCGGUCGGCUCACGGCCUACCAUCGGCUGACGGACGGAUUCUUCGACGUGGGCCGCGGCGAGGACGGCGACGUCUUACCUGAUCUGAUCACUGAGUUAGAAAGACCACCUUGUCCGGGCCGGUUCGUGUUUCUGCUCAACUCUGGAGUAUGUCCCGCCCGCGUUGAUGCUGCCGGUGAUGACGCCGCUACGAAAGCCGCGCAGCAGUCGCCGCCGCGUCGCUCGCCGCGCCGGACCGACCGGGGCGCGCGCGGCACAUCUCCCGUCUCUGAACGUCCCCCGGCGCGGCCGGUGCCGCCCGAGGACCCCCGGCUGGCCGCCUACGUGUCUUACGUCCGCCAAACGGUAGCACCUCUCGACUGUGAGCUCCAGCAGGCGGCCGAGCUGGCACAGUUCGUGGCGGACCGUAUGGGCGGCACGGUGAGCCGAGACCAGCUGCCGACCUGGUCAGCGGAGCGGCAGCUCUCCGAACUGCGGCGUCAGAGGGCCAGCAACGUGCUGCCCGUUGGAGAGGUGAGCCGUGGGGGUCUGCGCUGCCGCGCGCUCCUCUUCAAGUUCCUCGCCGAUCAGAUUAACGUCCCGUGCACCCUCACCAGAGGCAGCUUCGGCAAGUACUGGAACAGUGUGUUUGUCACGGACCGGAGUCGCGGCGCGCCGGCCGGGGCGUACGCGGAGAAGGUGGUCGAUCUGAUCCACCAGCCCGGGACGCUGAUGACGGUGGGGACCGGUGACGCCGUCAGCUACACGACCGGCUUCUGAGAUCGGAGCAGACCGCUGAUAGCGUGUAAAGAUACCAAACCAGUAGAUAUUGCAGUUGAUGACGUUAAGACACCCAUGCAUAUGGUUGCGUUUUGUGCCGUGAAUAUUCGCCACUGCUGAUAGCAAAAUAAAUCUGCUCGGAAUAGG